GAGACUAAAUGGCUUCCAGAUUAGAGGAGGAUCUCUGCUGUCCUGUCUGCCAUGACAUCUUUAAAGAUCCUGUCAUCCUGUCAUGUAGCCACAGCUUCUGUAAAGUCUGUCUGCAGAGCUGGUGGACUGAGAAUCCAAACCACAACAUCCCAGAAGAUGGUUGGGUCCAGGAUCUGGCGCCAGGAAAUCCAGCUGUGCUCCUCAGGACGAGAGCUUUUCCUGUCAACUAGAUACUGAAAGCCGGGCCCACAAUGAUGAACGUCCAGGAGGCAUCUCACCUGUGUCGGUUUGCUGGAACUGGGCUUGGCAAACCUGUGACUCCACUUCCCAGUGUCGUUUUGCAUUGCUGAGGAAGAUAAAAGCUGGAGAACAUUCAACCAAGUUGUCCUCUUUGGGGCUCUAGACACACUGACAGCCGUUACAUCGACUCCACACUGAACCAGUUUUACACUUUUCAAGGAGCAGAGUGUGACUCUCAGAUUUCCUGUUGCAGUCGUCGGCCUGCUGUGUUUUCAGCUUCAAUCAGAGACUAAAUGGCUUCCAGAUUAGAGGAGGAUCUCUGCUGUCCUGUCUGCCAUGACAUCUUUAAAGAUCCUGUCAUGCUGUCAUGUAGCCACAGCUUCUGUAGAGUCUGUCUGCAGAUCUGGUGGACUGAGAAUCCAAACCGUGAGUGUCCAGUUUGUAAACGACGACAUUUAAAGCGUCAGUUACCUCUUAACUUGGUCCUGAAGAAUCUGUGUGAGAGCUUCUUACUGGAUAAACGUCAGAGAUGUUCAGAGUCUCUCUGCAGUCUGCACUCUGAGGAACUCAAACUCUUCUGUCUGGACCAUCAGCAGCCAGUGUGUCUCAUCUGCAGAGAUUCAGAAAAACACUCCAACCACACAUUCAGACCCAUCCAUGAAGCUGCACAACAACACAGGAAGCAACUUCAGGAAACUCUGGAGACCUUAAAGAACAAGUUAAAGGUUUCUGAACAAGUUAAAGUCAAGUUUGAUCAAACAGCAGAACACAUUCAGGUCCAGACCCGACACACAGAGAGGCAGAUUCAGGAUCAUUUCAAGAAGCUUCACCAGUUUCUAAUGAAGGAAGAGGAGGCCAGGAUGGCUGCACUGAGGGAGGAAGAGGAGCAGAAGACUGGGAUGAUGAAGGAGAAGAUGGAGGCUCUGAGCAGAGAGAUAGCAGAUCUUUCAGACACAGUCAGAGCCACAGAGGAGCAGCUGAGAGCUGAAGACGUCUCAUUCCUGCUCAACUACAAGGCUGCAGUGGAAAGAGUCCAGCGCUGCCCCCUGCUGGAGGAUCCACAGCUGCACUCAGGAGCUCUGAUAGACCAGGCCAAACAUCUGGGCAACCUGAGCUUCAACAUCUGGAACAACAUGAAGGACAUGGUCUCCUACACUCCUCUCAUUCUGGACCCAAACACUGCUGGUCCAGAACUCAUCCUGUCUGAAGAGCUGACCAGUGUGAGAGGAGGAGUUAAACAGCAGCUUCCUGAUAAUCCAGAGAGGUUUGGUAAUUUCAACUUCUCAGUCCUGAGCUCUGAGGGCUUCAACUCAGGGACUCACAGGUGGGAUGUCGAGGUUGGAGACAGUCCAGACUGGGAACUGGGUGUUUUAACAGAAUCUUUCCAGAGAAAAGGAAAUAUAGUACACGGAUUAUGGACAAUGCGGUUCUAUUACGGUAUAUACUCAACAGUCUUUCCAUCACAUCCAGAAACUGAUCUCCCAGUGAAGAGGAAGUUUCAGAGGAUCAGAGUGAAUCUGGACUGGAACAAAGGAAAACUGUCCUUCUCUGAUCCUGAUACUAACACACACAUACACACCUUCACACACACUUUCACUGAGAGGAUGUUUCCAUUUUUUGACACUCUGUCAAAUCAUCCACUAAAGAUUCUACCAGUGAAGGUGUGUGUGACUGUAGAACAACACUAACAGAUGAUGAUGA